UGUUUAUAAAUGUUGUUAACUGUGUCUUGAUUUACAAAUAAUAUUCAAUAAAUUGUAAUUAUAAUUAUAGGUAUAUAUUAUAUAAAAUAUAAGUAAAAGUUAAAAAGUCUUGGUUACUGUAAUCCAAACGUUGUAAAAUGCCAUCAUUAGUUUAAUAUUUCGUCACGAAAAAUCGUCGAGUUUAUGAAAGCGAUAUGUUGAUAUUGCAUUAAUCGUGAAUAUUUAAUUGAAGCUGUUUCUCCUGUUCGGGAUUGUGGAUCACUAUCAAAGCUUCAGUAAAUUGUACUCGGACCUAAUUCUUCAAUUUGUUGUCAUGGAUAGUUCAAAUAAUUACGACGAUACUUCUGACUACAAUGAAUUGUUUCUCGCAGUCCACAAUGGAGAAUUGAAUCUUAUCCAUUCUCUGCUCGAGAAAUAUUCGGCGACGGAAACAAUUCGUGGCAGGACGUUGCUGCAUGUGGCGGCUGCAGGAGGACAUGCGGAGAUAGCUACACUGCUCACCACCAAGCGGGACGAAAUAGGGAACACACCUCUACAUCUAGCGAUAAUGAGAAACCAACCUCAGGUUUUCAAUCUUCUUUUAGAGGAGACUAACUUGAACGCGAAAAAUCUUCGGGAUGAAAGACCUCUUCACUAUGCAGCUUUAUUUAAUCGUCCUGAUUUUGCAAAGACACUUCUAGACAAUGGCGCCUCUAUUGAGGUAAAAGAUAAAGAGGGAAAAACGCCACUUUAUGUUGCAUUGGCGAAGGAAAACGUUCAAAUGGCUGAAAUUCUUUUUAAACACGAUGCAGUUUUGAGUGCCAACGAUUUGACAUACAUGGGACCUCUUCGUUCCGCAGUUAAGGAAGGGAAUUUCGAAAUGGUAAAGCUGCUCAUGGCGAACGGAUGUAACACAGUCGAUAUUCCAACAUUCGAUGGUUCUGCUCUUAAACUUGCAGUAUCUUGUGGUAAUUUGGAAAUUUUCCAAUAUCUCAUAAAGAAUGGCGAGAAAGGUAGUGAAACGAUUAAUAAAGAUGAACUCCACUUGUUUAAAACAAGUAUAGAGAUGAAGCGCUUAGAUGUUUUAAAAUAUUUAGUAGACGUGGGUUUGAAGACAGAAACAGUGAAUAAUACCUUUUUUGACAUAAUUAAGAAUAGACGCUACGAAACUUGGCAAUAUUUAUUAAAACAUCUGUCGAAAAUUAAUGCAACAACAUAUUUUAGAGAGAAGCAGCUUCAUUUUUCAGUGCGAAUGAACCAAGUGGAAACUAUUAAAGCAAUUGUCAAGGAACUUAAAAUCCCACUGUAUCGAUUCAUUCCUUUCAAUAGAAAAUUGGCCGUUUACAUUGCUGCCGAAACUGGGAACGAAGAAAUAUUAGAAAUACUUUUAAACGCUGGUUGUCCCGUUGACAGUGUGUUUAAAUUCAUAAGUCCUCUUCACGUUGCAGCUACUUUUGAGCACCCGAGAUUAGUAAAGUUACUCCUGAAAGCAGGAGCUGACGUUAAUCUGCAAACUGAAGAUGGUCUCACUCCGCUACAUUUCGCAGCAAUGUCGGUGCAACCAGCUGUCGUGAAGUUCCUCCUAGAAAAUGGUGCUGAUGCUUGUAAAACUUGUGAGUGCUAUGGAGAUUCACCAUUUGGAUUAGCUGUAGCCAUGUUUGCGACAAAUUUACCUUCUAGAAACAUUCCUGUUGCUAUGUUUGAGAGACUGAUAAAAAUUACGAAAAUGUUAACUACCUCUACGAAUGUUGAAGAAAUCGAUAGGUUAUAUUUAGCGGCAGUUACAAUAAGGGUGCUAAACAUCAACAAUUUAAAUCAAGAGACAAAUAAAGUAACAUGGCCCGAUUAUUCUGAAUUUCGUCCUGAAAUUGUAAAAUGUAUGUCUAGUUAUCUAAGUGAUGAAUCAUUGAAAAUUAAUUCUGAGACGAUCUUGAAUGAGUUUCAAUUUGGUUUCACACCUGAAUUGCUGCAACUUAUGAUGGAUUAUAAUGAUUCUAAAUCAUGUUGUACUAUCGAAAUAAAAGAUGCGGAUGUAAGUUACAAGUGCAAAUUGCUUAUGGUUAGUUACUCUAAAAACAUUGAUAAUCUUUUGAGUAUCAAUAAAGUUAACGAUAUAUUUCAUGAUGACUACUGCGACAAAAAGGAUAGAACAGAAUUGGUAGAGUUGAUUGUAGCGCGUUUGGUAUUGUUGACCGAAGACGGUCAUCCUGGUGUCUUGAAAUAUUGUCUGGACAAUGAUGUCAAUGAUUUGCGAGAAAAGUGCGUGAAAGAGAAGGUGGGCAUGCAAAAGGCAAGAAUUAAUGAAAAUAUGAUCGUUACUUUCUACGACGUAUUAACGAAAUCAACAAAUAAAGUUGCAAUGUACGCGAGCAACUGUGACUUUUUAAAAGCAAUCGAAUCUUCUGAUAAAAAAUUUCCGAUCUACGCUGAUUUCUUGAAGACAAGUGUCGAAGUUGCAGAGAAAAGAAAAGAGUUCAUCAACGAGUGCACUACCUUAAUGUUUAGUUUGGUUAAAAAAUGUCACAAAAUUCGAAUUUCUCGAGCUGAUAUCGGACAUAUUUUUCAGUAUCUCUCUAUUAUAGAUUUGCGGAGAUUUUCAGCAAAAAUCGUCGAGUUUAAAUAUAAAAGCGAUAUGUUGAUAUUGCAUGCAUAUGAAUCUUCUCUUAAACUUGCAGUAUCGUCCGGUCGUCUGGACAUUUUAAAAUAUCUAAUGGAGAACGACAUAAAAAGCAGUUCAACAGUCAAUAAGGAUGACUUACGCUUAUUUAACUUAAUUACUAGAAUUGGAGGUGGUUGUGUAAAUACUUUAAAAUGUUUAGUCGAUCUUGGUUUUAAGACGGAAGAGGCAGAUGUCAUAUUUUACAGUCCAAUUAUUUGGCAUUUCCAUGAUAUAUGGCGAUAUAUAUUGACAUGUUUCUCAAAGAUUAAUGCAAACACCUUUUUUAAAGAGAAGCAGCUUCAUUUUUCAAUUCGAAUGGGCCAAGUGGAAACUGUUAAAGCAAUUGUAAACGAAGCUUCAAAUGAAUAUAAAUUGAGCCGUUUCGACAAGAAAUUGGCCGUUUACAUUGCUGCUGAAAGUGGCAACGCUAAAAUAUUAGAAGUUCUUUUAAACGCCUCAUAUCCUAUUGAUAGUGUGUUUAGCAUUGGAAGUCCUCUGCACAUUGCAGCUACAGUCGAGGACACGAAAUUAGUGAAACUGCUCUUGGAAGCUGGAGCUGAUGUUAAUCUGCAAAAUGAGAAAGGUCUCACGCCAUUGCACUUCGCAGCUUGUGCAGGGCAACCAGCAGCAGUGAAAUGCCUCCUUGAAAAUGGUGCUGAUCCCUCCAUAGCCUGGACGUUCAGCGGAGCACCAUUAGAAAUGGCUUUGAAGUUAUAUUCACCCUCGUUUUCUUGCAGACCUACUUCUCCAUUAGUGUUUGACGGUUUGGUAAAAGUGACGGAGUCGCUAAUUCGGUAUUCAGAACCUGAAGAGAUUAAAAGCUUAGUUCCAGAAGCAGUCGGAAUAAGAGUGCUAAGAAUCAAGAAUUCAAAUACAGAGUCAAAUGAACUGACAACGGGCGAAGAUGAUUCUGAAUUUCGUCCAGGAAUCGUUAGGUGCCUAUUUAAUUAUCUAAGUGAUCAAUUAGUUAUAAGUUCUUCUGACGCAGCUUUAGAUGAUUCGUUUCCAAUAGGACAUACACCAGAAUUGUUACACCUUCUGAUAGAAUAUAAUGAUUGCACCUCAUGUAUUGAUAUGAGAGUGAGGGAUCGGGAGAACAAUUACAAGUGCCAAUUGCUCCUAACCGGUUACUCUAGAAACAUUGAUGAUCUUUUAAAUACUGCAAAUGCAAUUGUCUGGCAUAUGAAGGAAGGUCAAUACGAAAAGGCUGACAUGGAGGGAAAACCAGAUUUUAUAAAAUUAAUAGUAGCGCGUUUAGUAUUGUUGACUAAUAAUUGUUAUCCACCCUUGAUUGCAUUUUGUUUAAAGAAUAAUUUUAAUGAUUGGCGAGAGAAGUGUGUAAAGGAGAAAAGGGUCAUGCAAAGAACAAAAGUUAGUAAAAAUCUGAACGUCACAUUCUAUGAUGUUUCAACGAAAUCAGCUAAUGAUCUUCUAAUGUAUGCAGGCAACAAAGAUUUUCUUAAAGCAAUUAAAUCUUGUCACGUGAAAUUUCCGGUAUACGCUGAUUUUUUGAAGGAAAAUGUCGAAAUGUCAGAAAAAAGAAGAAAUUUUAUCAACGAGUGCUCUAGAUUAUUGUAUCGCGUGGUUAAAAAAUGUUACAAAAUUCAAAUAUCUAAUUUUUAUACCUGUCAUAUUUUUCAGUAUCUGACAAUUAUAGAUUUGCAAAGAUUUUCAGCAGCUUUCCACAAUGGAGACUUAAACCUUGUUCAUUCUCUGCUAAAAAAGUAUUCGGCGACGGAAACAAUUCGUGGAAGGACAUUGCUGCAUGUAGCGACUGCAAGAGGACAUGCAGAGAUCGCAAAACUGUUCAUCACUAACCGAGACGGAAGAGAAAAUACACCUCUGCAUUUGGCGAUAAGGGAAAACCAGCCUGAGUUGUUCAAUCUUCUUUUAAAAGAUAGUAACUUGAACGCAAGAAAUCUCAAUGGUGAAAGACCACUUCACUAUGCAGCUUUGUAUAAUCGCCCUGAAUUCGCAAAGACACUUUUAGAUAAUGACGCUUCUAUUGGAGUAAAAAAUAAUAAUGGAAAAACGCCACUUGAUGUUGCACUGGCGAAGGAAAACGUUCAAAUGGCUGAAAUUCUUUUUAAACAUGGUGCAGUUUUGAGUAACAACGAUUUGACAUAUAUGAGACCUCUUCGUGACGCAGUUGAGGAAGGAAAUUUUGAAAUGGUAAAACUGCUUAUGGUGAACGGAUGUAACACAGUCGACAUUCCAAGUGAAUAUGGUUCUUCUCUUAAACUUGCAGUAUCAUCUGGUCGUUUGGACAUUCUUGAAUAUCUCGUGAAGAAUGGUGUAAAAAGCAUCGCAACAGUUCAGGAAGAUAAACUAGGCUUAUUUAGAUCACUUAUUUUUCAAGGCGGUUUGGAGACUUUAACAUUUCUAGUCGAUAUUGGUAUUAAAGCAAUGAAUUUAGAUGAAGUAUUUAAUGCUACAUUUUAUUCGGGUCGUCAUGACAUGUGGAAAUAUUUAGUAACAAGGUUGUCGAAAAUUAGUGCAAAUACGUAUUUUCAAGAAACGCAGCUUCAUUUGGCUAUUCGAAUGGGCCAACUGGAAACUGUCAAGGCAAUUGUAAGUGAACCAUCAGACGAACAUGAAUCGGACACUUUCGCCAGAAAAUUAGCCGUUUACAUUGCCGUUGAAAGUGGCAGUGAAGAAAUAUUAGAAAUUCUUCUAAACGCUCGUUAUCCCGUUGACACUCUGUUUGAAUUCAUAAGUCCUCUUCAUCUUGCAGCAACAUUUGAACAUCCAAGACUAGUGAAAAUGCUUUUGAAAGCUGGAGCUGAUAUUAAUUUGCAAACUGAUUAUGGCCUCACCCCAUUACAUUUCGCAGCAAUUUCAGCGCAGCCAGCUGUAGUUAAGUUUCUUCUUAAAAAAGGUGCUGAUCCCUUUAAAAUCUCUAAAUAUGAUGAAUCACCGUUAAAAAUGGCGAUAAAGAUAUUUUCUCCGUUUUGUGAUCCUGUACCUGUUUCUGCAUUAGCAUUUGAGAGAUUGGUAAAAACAACGAAGAUGUUAAUUCGAUAUUCAAAAUCGAAAGCUAUUGAAAGUUUAUUUUCACCUGCAGUUAGAAUAAGAGUUUUAUCAAGUAUCAAUGAUUCAAAUUCAAAGUCUGAUGGACUACUAUCUGACGUAGGGAAUUCCGUUUUUCGUCCUGAAAUUGUUGAAUGCAUAUUUAAUUAUCUAAAGAAAAAAAAUGUUAAAUGUUGUUCUGAGUCAGUUCUAAAUGAUGAUGAUGAUCCAUCUGAAUAUACACCAGAAUUGCUACAACUUAUGAUGGAAUACAAUGAUACAAAAUCUUGUUUCAAUAUAGAAAUAAACGUUUCCGAUAGAAAUUACAAGUGCCAAUUACUCAUAACUGUAUGUCGUUUAGUAUUGUUGAAAACGAAUUGUGAUUUAACUGAGUAUAAGAAUGAAUGUGAAUUCAUUGAUCUUAAUGAUUUGCGAGAGAAGUGCUUAAAAGAGAAGGUGGACAUGCAAAAGACGAAAGUUAAUAAAAAUCUGAACUUUACUUUUUAUGAUGUACUAACGAAAUCAAUUGAUAAAGUUGCAAUGUACGCGAGCAACAAUGAUUUCUUAAAAGCUAUCGAAUUUUCUGACAUAAAAUUUCCACUGUAUGCUGAUUUUUUGAAGGCAAAUGUCGAAAUGGCCGAAAGAAGAAGAGAUUUCAUCAACGGUUGUCUGUUUCUCCUGUUCGGGAUUGUGGAUCACUAUCAAAGCUUCAGUAAAGUCUACAUGGAUUUAAUUCUUAAAUUCGUUGCCAUGGAUCGUUCGAAUGAUUAUGACGAUACUUCUGACUACAAUGAGUUGUUUCUCGCAGUCCACAAUGGAGAAUUGAAUCUUAUCCAUUCUCUGCUCGAGAAAUAUUCGGCGACGGAAACGAUACGAGGAAGGACAUUGCUGCAUGUGGCGACUGCAGGAGGACAUGCAGAAAUAGCAAAGACACUUUUAAGUAAUGGAGCCACUAUUGGGGUAAAGGAUAUUAAGGGCAAUACACCGCUUGAUGUUUCAUUGGCGAAAGGAAACGUUCAAAUGGCCGAAAUUCUUUUUCAACAUGGUGCUGUUUUAAGUGACAACGAUUUAACUAACAUGGAACCUCUUCGUAACGCAGUUAGGAGAGGUAAUUUCGAAAUGGUAAAGCUGCUCAUGGCGAACGGAUGUAACAUAGUCGAUGUUCCAAAUGAUGAUAACAAUUAUUGUCAAUGUUCUCUUAAACUUGCAGUAUCGUCCGAUCGUUUAGACAUUCUUGAAUAUCUCAUAAUGAAUGGUGUAAAAAGUAUCGCAACAGUUAAGGAAGAUGAACUACUCUUAAUCAGGUCACAUAUUAUGAAAGGCAGUUUAGAUACUAUAAAAUGUUUAGUCGAUAUUGGUAUUAAAGUACGGAAUUUAAAUGGCGUAUUUGAUGAUACAAUUUUUUUGGGUCGUCAUAACAUGUGGAAAUAUUUAGUAACAAAGUUGUCGAAAAUUAAUGCAAAAACGUGUUUUAAGGAAACGCAGCUUCAUUUGGCUAUUCGAAUGGAUCAACUGGAAACUGUCGAGGCAAUUGUAAAUGAACCAUCGGACCAUGUAAAUGAAUCGGACACUUUCGCCAGAAAAUUAGCCGUUUACAUUGCCGUUGAAAGGGGCAAUGAAGAAAUGUUAAAAAUUCUUCUAAACGCUAAUUAUCCUGUUACUGACAGUCUAUUAUCGCCUUACACCACUGCAUUUCGCAGCAAUGUCAGCUCAGCCAGCUGCGUAGUUAAAUUUCUUUUAAAUCAUGGUGCUGAUCCCUCUAUAACCUCUAAAUUCAGUGAAUCACCGUUGAAAGCGGCUUUGGAGGUUCAUUCAGGCUCGUUUUAUCCCAUACCUGUUACUCCUUUAGUGUUUGCGGGAUUGGUAAAAGUGACGGACAUGUUAAUCCAGUAUUCGAAUAGUGAAGCUAAUGAGGAUUUACUUUACUAUGCUGAAAGAAUAAAAGUUUCAUCAACCAUCAAUAAUUCAAAGCCAUUGUCAAGAGAACUAAUGUCGGCUAUAGGUGAUUCUGUCUUUUGUCCUGGAAUUAUUAGAAGCAUAUUUAAUUAUCUGAGUAAAGAGGCACUUAUAAACUAUUCUGAGACAUUUAUAUUUGAAGAAUGUUGUUUAUCUCAUUACCCACCAUCUGCUACAGCAGAGCUGUUACAACUUAUGAUGGAAUAUAAUAUUGAUUCGAAAUCAUGUUUUGAUAUAAAAAUAUGCAUUUGCUAUAAAAAUGCCAAGUGUCAAUUGCCCAUAAUUGUUUACUCGAAAAAUGUUGAUGAUCUUUCAGAUACAUUUAUAGAAAUUAUUAAUGAUUACGAUGAAGAUGACGACAAUGACGUAGAGAAGAAAAUUAAAAUAGAAUUACUAAAAUUAUUAUUAUGUCGUUUAGUAUUGCUGAAUACAAAUUGUAAUCUAACUCCGCUUGAAGAAAUUGAAUUAAAUGAUCUUAUUGAUUGGCAAGAUGAUUGUGAACAGGAGAAAAUUGUCAUGCAAACUGCGAAAGUUAAUGAAAAUUUGAAUUUCACUUUCUAUGAUGUAUUAACGAAAUCAAUGGAUAAAGUUGCAGGGUACAUAAAUAACGAAGAUUUUCUCACUGCAAUGAAAUCUUCACAAAUAAAAUUUCCUAUAUAUGCUGAUUUUUUGAAGGCAAGUGUCGAAAUAGCAGAAAGAAGAAGAAAUUGCAUCGAUGAGAGCACGACGUUAAUGUAUCGUAUGGUUAAAAAAUGUUACAAAAUUCGAAUUUCUACUUCUGAUAUUCGUCACAUUCUCCAGUAUCUCUCAAUUGUAGAUUUGAGAAAAUUUUCAGCCGCUUGUUCCUAAAAUGUAAUUUCAUGAUAAAUAACGCAAAGAUCAGUUUCGUUGAAUAAGUUGUUAUGCAUCUCCUUUCUACGAAAAAGAAAUUUUAAUUUAAGAAUUUGUUUCCAUGAAUGUAUUGGAAAGUAAUUUAACCUUCAAUAAUAAUUAUUAUUAACAUUACUACGUUAAUUAUGAAGAGUUCAAAUUUAUGGAUGUUUAAUAUGUAUAUUGCGAUUACAUCUUUAACUAAGCUUGAAGCUUGAAAUUAGUGUUUUGUACGUCGGCUUACUCAGAUUAACAAAUCAAACUCUUACAAAAAAUUUAUUUAAAAUAUUUUAGUAAUGUGACAAUAAAUAAAAAAAAAGCUUUUUCUCUUUUUUAACCCUCAGUGAGGCGCCAUAAAUAAAUGCACAGAAACCGAUACGAAACCAAAAGUAAUUUUUUAAAAUUAUAUUACGAUGUUAUUUUGUUUGGAUUUGUAAUUCUAGUGAGAUCUUAUUUUAUUUUAGAAAAAAAUCCAUUCAUAUAAUUUUGUAAUUAUUUAUUACCCACCAGAGCUGUUACAACUUAUGAUGGAAUAUAAUAUUGAUUCGAAA